AACAGAUCUCUGUUUCGUGUCUCAACUUUGCGGCUCGAAAAUGGCGUCAACAUUAGAGUCACGGCAAUACCGAUCCCGGAAGCAGAAACCCUGCGAUCUGUGUCGCAAAAGGAGGAUAUGCUGCAUCCGAGAACCCGGUAGUCACAGCUGUUCUCUCUGCAGGACGAGAAAUAUUGAUUGCACUUAUGUAUCUUCCCCUCCUGUCCGGCUCAGAACUCCCAAGGAGCGCAUGAGAAGGUCACACGUAGGUAAUACUACUCCGACUUCUCCAGCGACGGAAUCACCGAGCAUGCAGGGUAGAGCCCGCAUUGAGGAAUUGCAUCACACCUUACAGUAUGUCGGUCUGAGUGGAGAUCAGGAUCCAUAUCUGCUGCAGCAUUCGAGCCGGGAUGCUAAAAGACAAGAUGAUGUUGCGUGGGCAUGUCAAACGGUCAACAAUGACCCCGUUAUGCCUGCUCAAUUUACUAUUGUGCCGGAUCAACAUCUGGAUGCCCGACCUACUUACUAUCCAAAGAAUAAUGUGGAAGAGAGUGUCCAUCCUUACAAGGAAGCCUUGAUCAAAACAUAUUUCAAUAUCGUCCACCCAUCGUUUCCGAUUCUUGACCCGAUUAGAUUUAAUCCAAAUUCAUCGUCACUACUCCUCGCAUCUAUGUAUGCUUUGUCCCAUAAGUUCUGCUCGGAGGCUGGACAGAUCGAUCCGUGGAUAUUCCUGGACUUUCUCGGGCGAGCACUACCUUUGGAAGCUCGUAAUCCAAAAUUGGAUAGCAUCGAAGCCGCCCUGCUCUACUCGCAACGACAUACGUAUAUUUUUCGCGCCCCUACUAUGCCAGGCAUGAUAGCCGAAACUGGCAGCCUCAUUGGCAUGAGCCAUGAUAUAGGUCUGAAUGUUGACCCUACUAACUGGAGGAUCUCCGAAACCGACAAAAAAAGACGAAUACGGUUAUGGUGGGCUGUGUAUAUGCAAGAUAAGUGGGUAGCUUUGACACUUGGUCGUCCCUCUUUUCUCCACGAUGAGCAAAGCAAUGUGCCGAUGGUGACUAUCUCCGAUUUCGACCAUGGUGAAAGUGAGGUGUCAUACCUAUCAGCUUUAGCAUCGUCACGAAUCAUGUACAGUGUGUCGACUGGCAUGUUUGUAGCCAUGGCAGAGCUGAGUGUGCUGCUCUCUGACAUUCUCUCGACUUUUUACACAGUGAGGGGCAUUCGUAGACUCAGAGAAGCCCCACGCCAAGGGAUGGAAUGUGUUAUCGACUCUUUUACAAACAGACUUGAAGGUUGGUAUAACAUAUAUAAUACUCUUUUACAAGGAGAUAAGAGACUUUUGCCCGAUCCUACUGGUAAAUUGCUUCACCUGAUGUAUUCUACAAAUAAGGAAUUUUUGAUGAUAACCUGAUAUCUACAGGCACUUUGCAACUCGCCUAUUA